AUGGCCAGCAGCAAAUGGAAUCAGAAUAAUAAUGAUUUCAAUUUUCGUCCACGAUAUGGAAAUAACUAUUAUACUUCAUCUUCUCGACAAGAUAGAGGCAAAAAACAAUCUUAUAAUUAUCCCACCAAUAAAAACAACUGGCACCAACCACAACAACAAAUUUUAACAAAUACUAAUUAUACUGAACGAUUUACAUAUCAGAGUCCGCCAGAAUUUCAAAAAAGAGCAAGUGAUGAUGAAAUCAAUGCUUAUGCUGUCAAUCUUCAAUUGAAACCAGUUGAAAUGGGUAUCAUAGCAAAAAUUAAUCAACGAGAUCAAGAAUUCAAAGGUUUAGGUGCAUUCAAUCGUUAUUUUGGCUUAUUAGCACCAUCAAAAAAUUUAGGAUAUACACUUCCUGACAUUUGGGAUGGUUAUUUUCACAUAACGCUUGCUAAAUUCUUAACUGAUCUUGCACCUCAUAAGUUAGAAGAGGUUUUCAGUAAAUUUACUCCUUCUUUACAAGACAUGCCUUAUAUUCCUGAUAUUUUCUUUCGAGCAUCAAGUAUUAAAAUUAUUUCUGGUGAAAACCGUUCUAAAGGACGAGCGCGUAUCGAUUUUGUCGUACUUCCUAUUCGUGAUCAAUCAGAAACAAAAGCAUCUCUUGACAAAGUUCAACCUUUACUGGAAAAAAUUGAACAACAAACAAAAUCAAAUGAUUGGAGUGUAACACCAUUCAAUGAUCUUCACGUGACUAUACGCAAAUAUUCGAAUAUUAAUUUUGAUUUAAAUAAAAUUAAAAUACGAGAAUUCCCACUCGAAUUUCGAUGCUCUCAUCUGGAAGUUAAACAAACGCGAGAACGAGCACUGGAUCGAUUCAAAAAAGCACAAGACAAUACAUAUAGAUGGUGGACUGGUGUGACUGAAAUCGAUAAGAGAUGCUCAGGUUGUCAUACACCUAUUAUAUCUGACGCAUGGGAAGGUUUUUGUUUUGCAUGUGGAAAAUAUGAAUCAAUUAUUCCAAUAUGGUCAACAAAUGGUAAAAAUAUUCAUACUUAUGAUCAAAUAUGA